AUGGGUGAACCAGUCGUCAACGGCGAGAAGGUCCAUUCUCAGUUCUUCAAUCAUCUCUCCUCCUACCCUGUUGUCUCAGACACCAUCACUCUCUUCAAGGACAACCCAUAUGGCGCCAAGUCUCUCGAAUUUGCCGAUCAAGGCUACAACCGCUUUGCCAAACCAGUCCUGCCCUACUUCUCAACACCUUACAGCUACAUUGCUCCCUAUCUCACUCGUGCCGAUUCCCUUGGUGAUAAGGGCUUGAGCCAAAUCGAUACCCGCUUCCCUAUCAUCCGUGAAGAAACCCAGAAGAUCCGCGGCACUAUCUACAACCGUGCCUCCUCUCCAGUGCGGUUCGCAGGCGAUGUCAAGACCCAUGUCUUCGACACCUAUGGCUCCGAGUACAAGAAGGCUGGGGGUAGUGGUCUGGUGAACUCGGGAAAGGCUGCGCUCACCACUAGCUUGCUGCUUUCGCAGGAGUCACUGGGCUGGGUCUAUGGUCUCAUCCAGAAGACCAAGGAGGAGGUCAAGGAGGCCGUGAAUGAGAAGACCAACCAGUGA